AUGAUCAUAUGUGAUAUUAGUGAUGAUUGUAAUGUAUCUGUGCUGCGACACGGUCGCACGUUACCGUGUGAAAUACGUGAGCAAGGUACUUCUGGGAUAUAUCGAGUCGCUUUCACGCCAGACGGUGCGGGACAAUAUAAGAUUCACGUCUUAUUCAACAACAUGGAAGUGAAAGGAUCUCCAUUCAUUCUGGAUAUAGCUGAUGCAAGUUCAGUGUCUGUAUAUGGUGAUAAUUUGAGAAUGACAUCAGUUGAUCGUUUGAGUACGUUCAUGAUACAUGCGAUUGGAGCUGAUCUCAAAGAUAUCACUGUCACGAUCACCGGUUAUCGUGAACAUUCGAUAGACGUACGUUUAUAUAAUCAAAGUGUUUAUGAAAGCCCAUUCGUUUGCAACGUUGGCGAUCCGGAUUUAGUGACUGUUCGCAAUAUGCCUGAAUUCAUUUUUGCUGAUCAACCGAAUCGAGAAUAUAAUUUUGAAAUUGACGCGUCAGCAGCUGGCUCAGGUAAUUUGGAGAUAAUGAUAAACGGUGGUCGUUGUGCGUGCAACGUUCAAGAGCUCGGUGGACGACGCUAUUUGGCAUCGUUCAAGCCUGAGCAGUCGAUAAUGCACGUGGUCGAGAUGAAAUUCAACGGCGACUUCGUGCGCUUAUCACCAUGGAAAAUACCCAUCAAAGACAACUCUCUUUUACUGUCUUAUAGCAAAUCUGGUUUGCAACAGAUCGACAAUUACAGCAAAUCUUCCUCUGAUGUGAAUAUACAGCACAGUAUUGAUAACAUCUCUUAUCAUUCAAAAAGGUUUUAUACAUCAUCUUAUCUAUUGUGCAUGUCACAACAAUUCUUUGGAAUUCAGAGUGAUCAACAAAAGCUGAUUUAUUUGAUAUGCAAAAAGAAAAAGUGCAAAGCGUUAGGAAGAUUAGAGAAUGAAAAGAAUAUUCUAUUGAUUCAAAAUAUUCGAAGUGAUUUGCUGUUAGUGUUUUAA